AUGUCGGACGUUGACGAAAUCAUCGAGGAAUAUGAAGAGGAACAGGAAGAGGAGUGUAUUGAAGAAGACCAAGAAGAGCACAUAGAGGAGGUAGAAGAGGCUGUGGAAACCCCAGCAGAAGAACACGAAGAUGAAGCUAAAGAAAAAGAAGGUGGCGAGGGGGAGCGAGAGCAGGAGUCUGGGGAAGGGGAGUCAAAGCCAAAGCCCAAUUCCACCCUUCCUAGUGUCACCAGGCUCUUCAUGCCAAACUUGGUGCCUCCCAAGAUCCCGGGUGGGGAGAAAGUGGACUUUGAUGACAUUCACCGCAAGCGCAUGGAGAAGGAUCUGAACGAGCUACAGGGCCUGAUCGAUGCCCAUUUCGAGAACAGGAAGAAGGAGGAAGAGGAGCUGAUCUCCCUCAAGGACCGAAUCGAGCAUCGGCGAGCGGAGCGGGCAGAGCAGCAGCGGAUCCGCAGCGAGCGGGAGAAGGAGCGCCAGGCCCGCGUGGCUGAAGAGAGAGCCCGCAGAGAGGAAGAGGAGGCCAGGAAGAAGGCUGAAGAGGAUGCCAGGAAGAAGAAGGCUUUCUCCAACAUGCUGCACUUUGGGGGCUACCUGCAGAAGACAGAGAAGAAAAGCGGGAAGAAGCAAACGGAGCGGGAGAAGAAGAAGAAGAUUCUCAGCGAGCGGCGGAAGCCUCUGAAUAUCGACCACCUGAAUGAAGACAAGUUGAGGGACAAGGCCAAGGAGCUGUGGCAGAGCAUCCACGACCUGGAGGCUGAGAAAUUCGAGCUGCAGGAAAAGUUCAAGCGGCAGAAAUAUGAGAUUAACGUUCUCCGAAACCGCAUUAGCGAUCACCAGAAGGUGUAA